AUGACGGAAAGCAAUAUCAGCUUUUCUAGUAACACGCGGCAGACCUCGAUGACUUCCGCCUUUGUCGUGGACACUGAGCAUGCCACAUCUAUCCAGACAACUGCAAUAUCUAUCCCCUCGACCGCCGUUUGUACUGUGGCCGCCACUGCGGCUGUCAAUGGCACGUCCACAGAUACGUUUCGUGAACUGCCCUGCCAAUGGGUUGGAUGCAGUGAAACUUUUUUCACUGCAGAGGCCUUAUAUGUAAGCUCGUCGACAGAUCAGUGGUCCCCGAAAUUUCUGACAGUUGUUGCGACACAGGAACACAUCUGCGAGUGGCAUAUUGGCCGAAAGGCUACUAACAACCUCAGCUUGGCAUGCCAAUGGGACAGCUGCAAUGCUAUUGCCGCCAAGCGGUACCACAUUACCUCCCAUGUUCGAAUCCAUGUGCCCUUCAAGCCUCACAAAUGCCAUGUCUGUGAUGACUCUUACAAGCGCCCCCAGGAUUUAAAGAAACAUGUCAAGACUCAUGUGAACGACUCGGAGAUUCAAUCUCCCGAAAUGGACAUGAAGCAUCCAGUUAUGAUAUUCCCUAGGAAUCAGAAAGUUUAG